AUGACAUCCGUCACUGCCGCCGUUGUCCAGCUCUCUCACUCUCUCGCCGCCAUCGGUGUAUCCUUGCUCAACGCCGUCCUGGCGGUGCUGCACGCCGUACUGGCACUCGGCGAACAGCUUUUGACGAGUGUCCUGCAAUUAGUGCAGGCCUGUGUCCAAUUCAGUGGCCAGCUCUUCCAGGGAAUUUUCGGUUUGGUAGUCGCCAACUUCUUCGCGAUCCUCAUCCUGGCGGGCGUGUAUUAUUGGUACACUUCGCGACAGCGAGGACGUGGAGUGGUGAAGAAACACUCAUGA